AUGCCGCCGGAACUGGGAUCCAUUUUCAAAGCGGCAGUAGUCAAAAGCAUGAUGUACUGGUGUGCGGAGUUUCUGAAAGAGAACGAUCAUGAUGUUGAAGGAGGACAUCUUCGUAUUCACACCAUGCACGCGUUUGCCAAGUUCCAAUUUCUUGUGGACAAGAAUGGCCCUUUUUUCCCACCAGAGGAGAAAACACAAGUUGUGUCCAUUGCCCGGAAAGGUUUGAUUUUGUACCAAAAACUGACAUCGAAUGACCGCAAGAGGGUUGAUGGGCGGUGUACCUAUAAGAUCACUCCAAAGUUCCACAGUUUCUUUGAGCUGUCAUUUUACAUUGAUGAAACCUCGCGCAAUCCCCGGUAUGAGCACUGCUAUCAGGAUGAGGAUCUGAUGAAACAAAUUGGCAGCAUAGCCAGUAGGACUCAUCCAUUGACAAUGGAAAAGGUCACCCUCGGACGCUACAGAGCAUUGCUGCAGCUUUUCACCUUCGCCCCUGACUUGGAGCCCGACGAAUGA